AUGGGAGUCGCAGGACGAGGAGCUGAAGACCCAUUCUCUCGAUCAAAACGGCUUUACUUCAACCUCCACGCCUUUGGUUUCGCUAUUUACUUCACCUAUGGCUGGCGCAACAGUGUUCUGAUAGAAAAUUAUGGCGAAGCCGGGCCGCUUCUGCGAGAGAAGGGCAUCGAUUAUGUUGCUGAGGGACUCACUUUCUCAUCAGAUGGCAACGUGAAUGCAGCCUUUUCACCAGAUACGAACCAGAAUGAAUCCAAGGACUAG